CAGAAGAUCGUGCUCCACCCUCACUUCCACGACUACACCUUCGACAGCGACAUCGCUCUGCUGUAUCUGUCCCGUCCCGUGGCUCGGGGUCCGUUCUCCGUCCCGGCCUGCCUUCCCGAUGCCAACCUGGCCACGCGGCUGCUGAGGCCCGGAGAGCAGGGCCUGGUGUCGGGGUGGGGGUCCACGGGCUUCCUGCGGCGCUCCUCCCGCUUCCUGAGGAAGGUGCUGCUCCCGGUGGCUGAUCAGAUGAACUGCAUCAACUCCACCGAGCACGUCAUCACGGACAACAUGUUCUGCGCCGGAUACCUGAUGGAGGAGAUGGACGCCUGCACAGGGGACAGCGGAGGGCCCUUCGUGGUCAACUACAGGGGCACCUGGUUCCUGGCCGGCGUGGUGAGCUGGGGCGAGAGAUGCGCCGCCGAGGGCAAAUACGGCGUUUACACCAGACUCGGAAACUACUUACCCUGGAUACGUGAGGAGAUGAUGAAAGAGGAAUCGGGACGCAGCCGGAACAAAUCCACUACUGAAGCCCCAUAACCUAUACGGCAAAACAAAUAGAGUUUCAAAAAUAUUUUUAAUAAU